UAAUAGUUAAAAAAAUUACUCAUUUCGAGGUUCAUUUUUUACGUUCCUUAAUAGUUAAAAAAGAAAACCAAAAAUGACCAAAAGUCCAAAACUAAGAUAGGGAGAAGCAUCAGCUGAUAGACAUAGUCAUCACCAGUCAACAAUGGAGGCAGAGGGCAGUUCCCAAGCCUCUGCGGCGGCAUCAGAGUCCCAAGCCACCAGCGAACGCAUCAAACGCAUCAACGGCGGCAAGCUCUUCGAGACAACCCUCUCGACCAUCCGGUCCGCCGGUCCAGACUCCCUCCUCUUUGUCCUCUCGAACCGCCCCGCCAACGACCCCAACCCGGUUUUCAUAGACCGGGACCCCGAAAUCUUCUCCGUCCUCCUCUCCCUCCUGCGCACCAAUCAGAUCCCCUCCGCCGCCCGCCGCUUCUCCACACAGGAGCUUGCUGACGAGGCCGCCUUUUACGGCAUAGACUCCCACUUCCGCUCUGCUGCCGCUCCCCCGCCCUUCUCCGGCAUCGAUGCUUCCAUCGUCAAGUCCAUCAGUCCCGCCUCCGAGGGUCUCCCUUCCACCUUUGCCGUCGCCGACAACGGCGCGGUCUGGAUCGCCCACGGCGGCCAGAUCUCCAGCUAUGACUGGAGCCUCGCCCACACCGGCACUCUCCGUACUCACCUCGACGAGAUCGACUCCAUCUGCCGCGUAUGGACGGAGAUCGCUGCCGUCGGAUCGGAAUCCGAUGCCGGACUUCAUUUCUACGACUUCUCAAGCAGCCGCCACGUUGGAUCCGUACACUGGACCGAUCCUUCAGAUCCUCGCAUAUUCAAGGCUCGCGUUAACGCCAUAACCGCCUCGGAAACCUCCGUGUUCGCCUCGUUCGAUUGUCCUCACCGCGAGAACAUUGUUCUCGAGAUCGACAAAGAGAGGAUCCAGAUUGUAUCGCAGUUAGGGCGCCAAUCGGGGAACCAGGCAAAGCACAUGGUUCCGUCGAAGCUGACGUUUGUUCCGGCAACCGGAGUUCUCGUCGGAACCGCCAUCACGAGCGGCGCGUUCGGCUACUCCGGUUACAUACGGAUUUGGGACCCCAGGUCCGGAGACGUGGUUUGGGAGACAAACGAGCCUGGUGCGGGUCGGAGUAGCAGGUUCGGAGACUCAUUUGCUGACGUGGAUGUUGACGCGGAAGGGUUAUCGAUUUUCAAGCUGUGUUCUAAGUCUGGGGAUUUGGGUAUGGCUGACAUGAGGCGUUUGGGGGAUGAUCCUUGGGUUUAUUUGGAGGAGAAGAACCCUAGCAUGGUAAAUUAUGGUGGUGAAGUGAAUAAUUUGUUGGUGCAUUGUUGUUGGGGGCAAGUGUUUGUUGGAAGAGGUGGAAGCUUGGAGGUUUGGUCGGCGGACCGGAUGGUCGAGAGGGUUGUCUCGAAGAGCUUGCCGCCGACGUUGAGCUUGAUGCGUUCGCUGGUGGCUUGGGACUCUGAUGCCGCCGCAGAGGCUUGGGAACUGCCCUCUGCCUCCAUUGUUGACUGGUGAUGACUAUGUCUAUCAGCUGAUGCUUCUCCCUAUCUUAGUUUUGGACUUUUGGUCAUUUUCGGUUUUCUUUUUUAACUAUGAAGGAACGUAAAAAAUGAACCUCGAAAUGAGUAAUUUUUUUUUAUUCAAAUAAUUUUAUAUCUAAAUUUAUCUAAAAGGAUAAAGGGAAUACCUCUUUUCUCAGUGAAAUUAAGAAAGAGAAUUAAAAUUUGGACAAGAAUAUUUUAGUUUAGUGAUUACAAUUAACGCGUAUUACAUGACAGCACUAGAGGUAUUUUAUUCAGUUAGAUGAUACAUGGAACCGCAUGUGCAUGUAUGUUACCUAAUUCAUCACAUAAUCAAGCUGUAUAGCGCAUUAGUGCUCGAAUAAAUGUUUGU